AUGGCUGCGUCGAUAUCACCCCAUCGAUUGAUUUAUCUCUGUGCUCCAAUCAUCCAGUCGCUACUGGCGGCUUGGGUGAUAUAUUUGUUGGUCGACUUCGUACUGGAACACGCGUUGCCAUCAAAGUGUUUCGGUCUUACGGCGAAUCAACGAGCCGCACGGGAGAUUCAUACAUGGUCGAAAUGCCAGCAUCCCAAUGUCGUUGAGCUGAUCGGAUUGACAGUAUUCCGCGAAUGUUUGGCGAUGGUGUCUGAGUGGGAAGACAACGGAAACAUGCCACACUACCUGUCACGCAACCCAACGGUCAACAGAUGCGAGCUAAGCAAGUCUAUCUGCGCAGGAGUCUUAUACCUACACAGCAUGGAUAUUGUACACGGGGACCUGAAAGGAGCGAACGUUCUCAUCGACCGCAACGGAGCUCCAAGACUGACCGACUUUGGCUGUGCCAGUUUUCUGAGCACUACACUGCACUUCACGCAAACUAACACCGGUCCGAGCUACUCGGUUAGAUGGACAGCCCCGGAGAUACUACGAGGAAAGACUGGUCAUACAAAGGAAGGAGACAUAUAUGCGCUCGGAAUGACUAUUCUGGAAGCGUUCACGACAGAGGUUCCGUUCUCUAGCCGGUCUGAGAUCUCGCUCUACCGGCAUAUUGUAGAUCGAAAAAAGACGCCUCCACGGCCCGAGAGCAUCAUACCUGAGAGGAGCGUACUUGGGAACGUACUGUGGGCGAUACUUAUGAGCUGCUGGUCGUACAAUCCUGCGGGUCGUCCGACAGCUCAGGCUGUUCAUACGCUGGCGAGUCAAAUGCUACCCUUGAGUCCUGAGUUACUAGAUGUAAUCGCAGAGGAGCCUGAAGAUGAUAAUGACGAUUGA